UCUCCGUGGCCCGGGGCAGUGUACAGAAACAGCUGCCGGGACACAGGGCGGACAUGUCCCAGACUCCGAGAGUGCGAAACUGCCAGGCGAUCUUGGAUUGGAUGAUGAUCAGGGAAUUAUACUUCCUCCUGUCACUCCUCCAAGAUACAUCAGCAGCUGCAGAGAUGCAAGAGUGGAAAGUCAUCGUUCCACAGACUGUGACCGCGCAGAGGGGUUUAUGUGCACAGAUCCCAUGCCACUAUACCCAUCCGUUACGUGAGGCUGGUUCAACAUGGACUGGAAUCUGGAUUAAUGAUGAGAAGCCUCAGAGCAUCGUCUUCCACUCCAAGCAGCCCAAAAAAACUGCGGCAAGGUUUCGCCAGCGGACACAGCUGUCUGGAGACCUCAAAAAUGGCAACUGUUCCCUGAUUAUAGAAAACAUCAUGCAGGAAGAUGAAGGUUCUUACUUCUUCAAAGUCGAAUUCAACAGCAGGGAUUACUACACCUCUCCUGAAACACGGCUUCAUGUUUCUAAUUUCACAGAUAAACCCUCGAUACUCGCUGCUGAAAUGGUUCCAGGAAAGCCUAUGAAAAUAAAGUGCACCUUCAACACCAUGUGUAAAGGAACAACACCUACCUUAACCUGGAUCACACCUGCAGAAGUACCAACGUCAAACAGGAGCAGCGUAACCCAAAAGGAUGAGAGUGCUACUAUCUGGAAAAAAGUGUUGAUCACAACAGGGAUCGUUUUCUGCAUUGCACUGGCUGGAUUUUUCAUCUACAGGUACAUCCAAAAGAGAAAAGAAAAGAGGGCGCCAGAGAUCAAGGAGUCCACAGUCAUCUAUAGUCCUCCCUUUGAGAUCCAUCAGGACACGGAGAGCACGGCUGCACAGGGCUACCCUAAAGUACCAACAGGAAGGAAUAUUGGACAGGGAGAGCCCAGCAAACCUGAGGGCCCCCUCUAUGCCCAGCUCCAAGAUCUGCCCUGCAGAGAUACCAUGGUCCCCAAGGCUGAGGCUACAGAGUACGCCUCAAUCAGAUUCCAGUGAGGUGAGGGGUUGCCGAGGGGAAGACAAGUGGCAUGCCAGUACCCAUCGCAAAGAGGGGCAAUAGGUCCAGAACAGAAUGAUUGACUGGCAAGCGGAGUGACAAGAUGCGGUUUAAUAGAGGGACGCCUGGCUUCGCCCUUUUCAAGCUGCCACCUGACCAGGUCGGCAGACUCACUGAGCUCGUGACUUUUUAGCGCCCAUUUCCCCAUCUGGGGCUUGGAGCCUCUGUUCUCAGCACUGGAGUAUCACUGGUCCACGAGAGGGAGGGGAGUGUUGCAUAGAGAAGUGGAGUUGCUAAGGUUCGAAGUUGGCAGGUAGUUGAAAAAGGAUAUGGGGUUGCUGCUGCCUGGCUGGGUCAGAGGGACUGCUCUACCACAGGCCUGGCAAUUUAAAUUACAGGGCAGGACACCCAACAAUAAAUGUCAUUGUUAAAACCAAUAAAGACUUCCAACUUGGAAUUUCCUAACCCAUUCACUUCUCAAGAGGAUGAGAUUGCAGGAAGUAGAGAAAAGAAGGCCAUUCAGCCCUUCACUCCUGCUUCUCCAUUCAAUGGAUCAGAGAUGAUUCAAUGUUUCUUGUCCUUUCUAUUGAAUUGAGAGUGAGUCGAGAGUUGAAACCUGGAUUAGAUUCAUUGUGAUCAUACUGAUAGGCUUCAGUGGUCAGGUGAACUCGUCCUGCCCCUGUUCUGUCCCUGCAAUCCUCGGCUUCGCUAACAGAUUAGAAAUCUCUCUCCAACUUCACACACAGAUUCUCUCCCCACAGUUCUCUGUAGCACAUGGUUCACCACCCCGAGAGUAGAUCCUCCCCCUCCUUUCUGUGUGGUGGGUUUCUCUGCCUUUAGAAGUCAUACCACUUGGUUCUGGGUUCUCCCAUAAGAGGAGUCAACUCUUGGCAUUGAAGAAGCUUGUACUUCAAUAAGACUGCCUCUGCUUCUCUAACCUCCAAUAAGUGGAGUUCCUUUCUUUGAAGGAACCCUCUAAACCCAGGACCAUUUGAGAGAACCUUCUCUACUGAAAGGAAAUCUUUUCAGGCUGGCUCUAAAAUGAAGGUGAAAUUUCCAGAGGACCUCUGUGGUGUACAUCACCUCUCCAUAUGGAGAGAAUGAGCAGGCGGUCAGACUCCUCUCAACCUCACCCAAAGCUUCUCGCAGCUAACAGGCUGCUGUACUCACUCUUCUGAUGCGGCAAACAGAACAUUAUCACACCAAGCAGUCAUCCCUUCCAGCUCGAGUAUGGAAGCUGCAGCAGGGCAAGGGUUAAGAUAAUGUACAGGCAAGACAGCUCUUUGAAGAACUAUCACUGAAGAGCAGGGCUACGCCUUGUGCAACAGGGGACUGGAGCCACUUGGCAGACGGAGAUAAGAAUGUAACAGAGGGAUGCAGGAGACAUGCAUCAACAAUUACUAGCUUCGAAAUAUCAUUGUUUGGUAGCUUGUAGCUUCUAUUGACCAGACAUCCCACCUCUCCUGGAAGUUCUGGGAGUCUCCUGCGUAUUGAUCGCGGCUCCCUGAUUCCCACAAAUUAUAUACAAAUCUCGGAAACUGAUUUUUUUUGAGAGGGAGAGGGAGCAUCCUGAUUGGUCUCUCUUCGUGCUAAGUAGACCUAUCAGUUUUCUCUGUGGGCGGGCUUUACAGUCGACCUCAAAAAUAAUGAGAGUGUUGCUGGCUGCACUGUUUGCAACAGUGACUUUUCUAUUGCCCAUGGUGGGUUAAAAUGGAAAAGACAUGUUGAGGUGAGUUUAACAGGUGUCAUUUGUACAUUAGCAUCGCUAACGUUAUUUAAACUGGCUGGCUGGCUGCUAAGGAGCUACUCUAUUGAAGUCCUACGGGAUGAAGCCAAACUUCCUGUAGACUUGCUUAAAGUUGUAAUAGAAUAAAAAAAAGACCAUGAUAAUAUAAUAUAAAAUACUAUAAGUACAUACUUUAAUGUCACAUUUUCUGCAUCUACCCAACUUGGUUUGCAGAUUAGACAAAAUCACUAAUCAAAGUAUUACAUACACUCUUGGAGGUCGGCCGGGGGGUGGUGGGGUGCG